CUUACAAUGGAACAUAAUACACCACUUCACCCUCUCCAGGUGCAUCUACUUUGGCUAGAUGGAGCUGCGGCCGUUUUUAAUGUGCUUUGCCCUCUGCGUGGUGUACGCCACCAGCAAGCCCAUGGAGAAGAAAGACCGCGUCCACCAUGAUGACCCUCUCAGCAACAGGGAGCAUGACGACACCGCGAACUUUGACUAUGAUCAUGAAGCCUUCCUGGGCCAGGAGGAGGCCAAGACCUUCGACCAGCUCACUCCUGAGGAGAGCAAGGAGCGACUCGGCAUGCUUGUGGAGCGCAUUGAUGAAGACAAGGAUGGUUUUGUGACAAUAGAAGAGAUGAAGAAGUGGAUCAAACAUGCGCAGAAGAGGUGGAUCUACGAGGACGUGGAUCGCCAGUGGAGGACGCAUGACCUCAAUCAGGAUGGCAUGGUGUCAUGGGAGGAGUACAAGAAUGCCACGUAUGGGUACAUUCUUGAUUACCCCGAACCCGAUGAUGGCUUCAGCUACAGACAGAUGAUGGCGCGCGAUGAAAGGAGGUUCAAGUUGGCUGAUAAGAAUGGUGACUACGAGGCUAACAAAGAAGAGUUCACUGCCUUCAUUCACCCCGAGGAGUUUGAGCACAUGAAAGACAUCGUGGUGAUUGAAACUAUGGAAGACAUUGACAAGAAUGGAGAUGGUCUAAUUGACCUGGAAGAGUACAUUGGUGACAUGUACCAUGAGGCGGGCGCUGCGGAACCUGAGUGGGUGAAGACGGAGAGGGAACAGUUCACAGAGUUCCGGGACAAAAACAAGGAUGGCAAAAUGGACAAGGAGGAAACACGAGACUGGAUCUUGCCAGAUGACUACGACCACGCCGAGGCCGAGGCCAAGCACCUGGUCCACGAGUCUGACGCAGAUAAAGAUGGCCACCUGACAAAGGCUGAAAUUGUGGACAAGUACGACCUGUUUGUGGGCAGCCAAGCCACCGACUUUGGAGAGGCCCUCACUCGGCACGACGAGUUCUAAAUCUAAAACCAUCCACAAAGACUUUGUGUCCACUAUGCCUCAUUACUUCUUUUCACAGUGGACAUCUGUUUUUAUAUAUACAUAAAAACACACACCAUGAGGUCAUUUAAUUUAUUUAAUUUCUUGAAUGUUUUCUGUCAUGCGCAUGCACGGACACACACUACUUUUUCAAAGCAGAAUUACCGGUAUUUGGUCCUGUUUGGAUCAAACGAUUUUCAUGGUGAUAAGUAAAGGUCACCACAUGCAGAAUAAUGUGGGUGCGUUUAGAAAUAUUUUUUUUGCAAUGCACUGGACAAUAACCCCCCCCCCCCCCCCCCAUUUAAUGACAUUAUUGUUAGGGUGUUUGUAACAAGGGCUAAAUUGGAUAAUGUGGGGAGAUCACUUUUAGUUGAAGUGAUCUAAAUUUAUGGACAGAAUGAUGCUGUGUCCUGUCAUCGCUUUGUGUAUGUAUUUCCGUGGACAGUGCAUUUUCUUGUCUUUUUGACCACUGACAUCCACUACUUGGCAUUGUUUUUUACUUUAGUUUUUUUAUGUGCCAAGUCAAAAACACACAAUGCCUUUCCUCCAUUGCAAACACAUCACUCAAAAUACCUUUGCAGUGCUUACUUAUAUAAUCACCACCACCAUUUACAACCACUGUUAUUUUUCCAUCAUACUCACUUUUUUGGGGGCUUUUUUUUUAAACUGGCUCACUGCAUAAGUAGCCUUUUGUAGGGAUUUAACUGUAAAUAUGUUGUUGGUCUGCAAACUGAGCUGACGAUCAAGUACAGUUUUUGUGAUUGAAAACAUUUGAAUAAAUAUCCAUAAAAAUUGA